UCCAGCUGCUGUUGGUAAUGUUUACUUCCGGGUCUAACGUCGCCGGCUUGUGGAGAUGGCCAUGUUUUCAGGACUGUGAUACAUUUUUGAGAGCGAGCAAACAACAAUCUAUUAAAGAAAAUUAGUUUCUUCAGCUGUGGAGUUGUAUCCGUGUUGAUAUCACCACGAUGGCCGAGGAUGUCCAGAAGCACUCAGUCCACACUCUGGUGUUCAGGUCCCUGAAGAGGACGCAUGAUAUGUUUGUGUCCGACCACGCGAAGUCCAUCGCACUGGACGAGGAAAGCCACAAGAUGAAGAUGGCGGUGAAACUGAAAGCGGAUUACAGUGCGGUCUUACACAUGCCUGUCCUAAAGGAAGGGACAGACAGAGUGACUGGCAGUAUGCUUGGUCACCAGAGCUACACACAGCCAGGGGACGACCCAGAAUACCUGAUCACCGGCACACAUGCUUUCCCCUCUGGACCUGGAGUAGCCCUGACUGCUGACACAAAGAUGCACAGGAAUCCAAGUGAGGGAGGAGUCCACUCCAUGGCGCUGGCUUUGCCACCAUCACAAGCCAGGCAGGACAUUAGCCGCACUGCUGCCAGUGUUGGUGACAUCCAUCGACAUGCAGGAGGAGCAGAGAGAUCUCACCCCCAGUCAUCUUCUGUGUCGCUGUUGGAAGGAGGCGGCACCAGAAAUUCUGCGCUCGCGAGGAAAGCACCCACCAUGCCGAAACCCCAGUGGCAUCCACCAUGGAAACUGUUUCGGGUCAUCAGUGGUCACCUUGGCUGGGUGAGAUCCAUCGCUGUGGAGCCUGGGAAUCAGUGGUUCGUCACCGGGUCUGCUGAUAGAACCAUUAAGAUCUGGGACCUGGCCAGCGGGAAACUGAAACUCUCCCUGACCGGACACAUCAGUACAGUGCGUGGUGUGGCGGUCAGCAACCGUAGCCCUUACCUGUUCUCCUGUGGAGAAGACAAGCAAGUCAAGUGUUGGGAUCUGGAGUAUAACAAGGUCAUCAGGCACUACCACGGACAUCUCAGUGCUGUGUAUGAUAUCGACCUACAUCCAACUAUUGACGUGCUGGUGACGUGCAGCAGAGACGCCACAGCGAGGGUUUGGGACAUCAGGACAAAAGCUAACGUGCACACACUGACCGGCCACACCAACACUGUGGCCACAGUGAGAUGUCAGGCUGCAGAACCACAAAUCAUCACUGGCAGCCACGAUUCCACCAUCAGACUGUGGGAUUUGAUCGCUGGAAAAACAAGAGCAACUCUGACGAACCACAAGAAGUCUGUCCGAACUCUGGCGCUGCACCCCAGACAAUACACCUUUGCCUCUGGUUCAGCCGACAACAUCAAGCAGUGGAUGUUCCCAGAUGGCAACUUCAUCCAGAACCUGUCGGGCCACAACGCCAUCAUCAACACCCUCGCUGUUAAUUCUGACGGCGUGUUGGUGUCUGGAGCCGACAAUGGAACCAUCCACAUGUGGGACUGGAGAACAGGCUACAACUUCCAGAGGAUUCAUGCAGCUGUGCAGCCGGGAUCUCUGGACAGCGAGUCGGGCAUCUUCGCCUGCAUGUUCGACAACUCAGAGAGCCGACUGAUCACCGCCGAGGCCGACAAGACCAUCAAAGUAUACAAAGAGGACGAUACCGCGACGGAAGAAAGCCAUCCAGUCAACUGGAAACCAGAAAUCCUCAAGAGAAAACGAUUCUAAACCAUUUUUUAUUUGCUCCUCUUGUCACAGUAACAUUGAUAAAUUUUGUUCCUACCAAACUUCCUGUUGUAGAUAAGCCCAUCAAGUUUUGCCUGCUACUCGUUUUUCAUAACAACUAAUGCGUCUUUUUGACAGAAGCGACCACAUCGUCCCGUUUUAUGCCAAAAACCAUUUGCAGUCUUCAUUGUACGAUGUGAGUCCAAUAAAGUGGCCGUUUUGAACUGCGAGGAACUUCCCAGAGUGUUUGUUCUUGAUGAUGACGGCUCUCUGGUGGCUCUGGUCCGUCUGAUCCACCAACAUCAGCCACUCUUCAGCCGCAGACGGACUGACCUCCGAGUGGAGCUCAUUCCUGUCGGGGUCAAACCCUGCAGAAGGAAACAUAGUAGGAAAAAAAAAAAAAAUAGUAUUGCCUCAAAUUUGCCAGUUGUACAGACACUGAAACCAACGGCGCCCUUUUUUUUUCUGGCUUGAAAUGUGAAGUUUAUUUUUGUUCAGUUUAAUAAAAACGACAUUUUUCACAUA